UGCUCCGACAAGCCGGGGGAGAGGUGAAGGAAACGCAGGAUCUCAACGAUGGAGCAUUUUUAAGAGAUAACGACGAGCUCCCCCGUCGGAGAUAAUUGAACAGAGUCAUCUACAUGACCAAAGAAACAGGACCGGCAACGAGAAACGCAAGCGUAACAAUCAUGCAAUUUAAAUACAGACGAAUUUAAGCAACCGCUUCUUCUUCAAGGUUACACCGCUUGAAGACGCCCCAACAUCCCCCCUUUAUCGCAGAUCAGCUGGCGUACGUUGGUUGAUCGUCACCGGUACCGACCAUGUCUGUGGAAGAGCAGGGCUACCCCGACGCUAUGAUAUCGGUGGAGGCCGCGCCGGAAUGGAUGCGGGUUGAGAUCGAGCGUCUCUCCCGGGAGCUGAGUGAGACCACGAACGAGAAGAUCCAAGCGGCUGAGUACGGACUGGCGGUGCUGGAGGAGAAGCAGCAGCUCAAACAGCAGUACGAUGACCUGGAGAUCGAGUACGAGGCCGUCAGGCAGGAGGUUGACCAGCUGAAAGAGGCCUUUGGACAAGCAUACUCCAACCACAGGAAGGUGGCAGCGGAUGGGGAGAGCCGUGAGGAGUCUCUUAUCCAGGAGUCGGCCUGUAAGGAGGCCUACUACGAGCAGAGGGUCCUGGAGCUGCAGUCCGAGGUCCGCCAGGCUCGCAACAUACUCACCAAUACCCAGUCUGAGAAUGAACGCCUGAACACCAUCACCCAGGAGAUGAGAGAGAACAGCCAGAUGGUGGAGCUCCAGAGGAAUCAGCUGCGUGAUGACAUCAAGGAGUACAAGUUCCAGGAGGCUCGUCUGCUGCAGGACUACACCGAGCUGGAGGAGGAGAACAUCUCGCUGCAGAAGCAGGUCUCCGUGCUCAAGCAGAGCCAGGUGGAGUUUGAGGGUUUGAAGCACGAGAUCCGUCGUCAAGAGGAGGACACUCAGUUCCUUAACAGCCAGCUGGAGGAUGCCAUCCGACUGAAAGAGAUCGCUGAGCGUCAGCUUAGUGAGGCCCUGGAGACCAUCAAGACUGAGCGUGAGCUGAAGGCGUCCCUGAGGAAAGAGCUGUCCCACUACAUGAACAUUGGAGACACCCUUUGUCACAGCCCUCUCAGCAUUUCUCUGGAUGGUCUCAAGUUCGGCGAUGAUGCCGCCACUGAACCCAACAACGACGAGGCUCUCCACGGAUUUGAGAAUGGCUUCACCAAACUGGCCAAUGCCCUCACCUACGACAACCGCAUCUCCGCGCCCAAGAAGGAAGAGCUGUGCCGUCCCGUGCCCAGCCUAGUGGACGACCUGUUGAGCGAACUUAACAUCUCAGAGAUCCAGAAGCUCAAACAGCAGCUGAUGCAGAUGGAGCGCGAGAAGGUCAACCUGCUGUCCACCCUGCAGGACUCACAGAAACAGCUAGAGCAGGCUAACGGGGCUCUGUGCGAGCAUCAGGAGAAGGUCAACCGCCUCACGGAGAACCUCAGCGCCAUCCGCAAGCUCCAGGCCAGCAAGGAGCGCCAGUCUGCAUUGGACAACGAGAAAGAACGUGAUAGCCAUGAAGACGGAGACUACUACGAGGUGGACAUCAAUGGACCUGAGAUCCUGGAGUGCAAGUACAAGGUACGUGUCUUCUUAUAGUUGCCUGUAUCUGAAGCGGGAGAGUUGAAGGAGGAACUGAAGACUCUGAAGACAGAAUAUCAGGCCUGUCAGUCACGUUACGAAGAGGAGCGCACCCGUCUGGAGAUUGAUGUCACAACGCUGGGAGGGAAGCUGGCGACUCUAGAGAAGACCAGUCAGACAGAGAAAGAACAGAACACUAAGCUGGAGAAGGAGCUGCGCAAGUUGAGCUAUGUGGCAGGCGAGUCCCAGGGUAGUCUAAGUGUGGCACAGGACGAGCUGGUCACCUUCAGCGAAGAACUGGCCACCCUCUACAACCACGUCUGCAUGUGCAACAACGAGACACCCAACCGCGUCAUGCUCGACUUCUACAAGCAGGGGAAGGGUGGUCGCAGCAGCCCAGAAGGCCGGGGCCGCCGCUCUCCUAUUUUGCUCACCAAGGGCCUCUUCCCUGAGCCUGGUAAGACCGACCUAAGCGACGGAACUCCUUCACCAGUUUCCUCGCUGCCUUCUCCAGUGUCUGACCAUCGCCGUGAGCCCAUGAACAUCUACAACCUGGUGGCCAUCAUCAGAGACCAGAUCAAGCACCUGCAGCUGGCGGUGGACCGCACGACAGAGCUGUCGCGCCAGAGGGUGGCCUCUCUGGAGCUCGGCACUGUGGCCGACAAGGACAAGGAAGCCUGCAUGGAGGAGAUCCUCAAACUGAAAUCCCUGCUCAGCACCAAGAGGGAACAGAUUGCGACCCUGAGGACUGUCCUCAAGGCCAACAAGCAGACAGCUGAAGUCGCUCUGGCCAAUCUGAAGAGCAAGUAUGAGAACGAAAAGGCCAUGGUAACCGAGACCAUGAUGAAACUGAGGAAUGAGCUCAAAGCCCUGAAGGAGGACGCUGCCACCUUUUCCUCUCUACGAGCUAUGUUCGCCACACGUUGUGACGAGUAUGUCACUCAGCUGGACGAGAUGCAGAGGCAGCUGGCUGCAGCAGAGGAUGAGAAGAAGACCCUCAACUCGCUGCUGAGGAUGGCUAUCCAGCAGAAACUGGCCCUGACUCAGCGUCUAGAAGAUCUGGAGUUCGACCACGAGCAGACCCGGCGGGGAGGUAGCAGCAGCCGGGCUAAGGCCCGCAGCAAGGCCAUCAGCGGCACCGCCCUCCACGGCACCGUCCUCACACCCCACGUAAGUCAGAGUCUCACCUGCUCUGGCGCCGGCCGACCAGAGCUCAACAACGCCAUGCCCAACGGCAUUCUGGGAGGCCCUCCGGUCUUUUGCAGCGAGAAGUACAAGAUCUACUGUGACUGAGGCGGCUGAGAAGUCCGCAAGGGACUGCUGUGUACAGAGGGGAGGGGGGCCUACGUGCCAAAACCCUCCCUGCCUUAGUGUUUAAGAGCCCCACUUGCUCGCUUAGCUCCCUGGCCAGCCUGCGCUCCUCUAGGGACUGCUGUGUGACUAACCGGCUGCUCGUGUGUGCUAGUGUAAACGCUUAAGGGAAUGCAUAAGUAUGUACAGUGUGCACUAGACGUUUGGACUGCAGUAGACAUAUAUGGCAUGUGGAUUAUAGGGCCCCGGUUAUAUUGGGGGUUUUGUGGGUAUAAUGGAGUGUCUAUUCUUUCCGCUGUCAUAGUGCUGUACGUAUGAUGUAAAAGGUGGCAGCUUUUGUGCUCUUUUGUUCUGGCCCCCUGAGUGUCUUGCCUGGUAACGGUAGCACAUGGCGGGGGUGAGGACUCGUAAAGAAGAUGUCGAUAUGACGGUCUUGUGUCUGUCGGCAAUGGUGCUCCUUUUAAUAAAAGCCCCCCUUCUCUCUCCUGCCUCUCCGUCCUGGACCCCCCCAGGACUGACCUGUGUCCAGCAGCCCACUGUCUAAUCAGGUUACUCUUUAAGACAAAGGAACUUGACGAAAAUGAACUUUUGAAGAGAAAGAAAGUCAAAUAUGCAAUCUCCCUCUGCUUUCUGGCUAGGGGAGCACAGUGUGAUUCUAAACAGAAAUUCAAAGACUCAUAAGUGGGUUGGGCUACUGGUUCUAUAAGGGAACGGUUUGGGCAGAAAAGGAGCACCUGUGACCGCAGGUGUUUAUUUCAGGAUCAUUUUAAAGCUGUGAUGCUAGCACACCAAUACAAUAGGGUCAGUAGAAUCGCAUGGCUUCGCAGUUGAAAACGCGUAUGAGCUUUUAAAACUGUUUUUCUGUUGUCAGAUGUGUGGUACAAGAGGAACUCGUGUACUACAGGGCUCUACAUUGUUAAAGGAGGAGUUAUUUGGCGUCUGGUGAAAGACAGUACAAGGAGGGCUAUUCCAUGUGACCCAUUACGUUGCGAUGGAUUCUUCCAGAGCCAUAUUCUGAGAGAGAAAUAACGUUUGACAAAUCGAUCUCCACACCCAAAUUAAGUGCCCUUCAUUAUUAGGUGCCUCAAGGUUCGUACUACUGUUAAAAUGGAUAUAAUGAUUACUGUGAACAGAGAUACAAUAUAGUUUUAAUUACAGACAAAUUUUUUAAAAUGCUGAGUAAAUCCUAGAAGAGCACAAAUCAAAAAAAGGCACUCACGUGCGCAAUAAAUCUGCAAACGCAACCGACCGACCACUCGGCAAAAGUGCCUGUCGACCCAAACACUUGAGAUAUUUAUCCAUCUGUUGAUGUAAAGCCCUGUCCUUGUGUCUCAACUUUAAGGGAACUGUUUUCGGGAGAUUGCUCUCAAGUCAUUUCUGUGUGUUCUCUCCCUCUCCUCGUGUGUCUAAUCUGUGUCGCCAUAACAACCGUCUCUCUUUUAGAUUGUCAGCCGCUCGCUCCCCCAGCAUCACCGCUCACCCUUUAACUAGAACGAGGAAUUUGUGAGGAAAGUUGCCCCUUUUUGAAUAUUUCUAUCAGGUAACGUCCUCACAUGCGUUGUGUACCCGAUAUUUGCCUGUGUGUGUACAGCGUUUACGUGAAAGGGCCCCUCAUGUGUGUGUAUUAUGUUUUUAAUCUUGGCAAAUGGAGGGUCACUAAUUGUCUUUUCUGGUGUGUGUGAGGACUGAGCAACGUACCGUUUUUGUAUCCACAAAAGCUUUAACCCCCUUGCAAGCUAGCAUUACGCAAAUAGGAAGAAAAACAUUAAGUGGGGCUUGUGUUUAAUAACUCCAUGUACUGCUUGUGGAUCAUUAGACACGUUAGCUUUACGAUGCUGAAAGCAGGGUUGAUGUGAGGAAAUCCUGCAAGAUUGAUCAAAUUAUGCGUUUUCUACUACUACUAUGCUAUAUAUUAAAAAUCUAUAUUCUUAAUAUGAUCAUGUUCAGGUUAUAAUCUUGCAGGAUCCUACUACAGUAUUCCUUCCUCUCAAAUACAAAGAGAGGGAGCUUAAUUAUUCCUCUGAAAAUGGAACAAUGCUAGCGGUCAACCCUGCUUGAGUGUGCAUCCAUAAGUCACAGCACACAGCAUGGACACGGGGCGAUAACACACACACACACACACACACACACACACACACACACACACACCUCCUUAGAGGUCAAUCACUCUUAAGUUUGAGAUUCACUUAACUUACAAGUGUGAUAUAUAUUCUUUCUAUCAGUUUGCGCUGACGGAGAAAAAGGUUUGGGGAGUAGAUGGAGGGAGAACUACUCGUGUUGUAAACCAGCUCCUGAGAGAGGAGAUAAGAAAGCCAAACAUGCUGGUGAAGAAAGCCAGAAGUCUGUCUGAGAGUUGACUCUCAUACUGGGGGGGAGGGUGGGGGGGAACAAAUGCAUCCAGGGGUUUCCUGAGGAAGAAACUCCUGGAGUAACUUUUGGAGGAAAAAUAAAGAAGAAACUCAAUGGACCAGAGGACAUUGAUUCAAAUUAGUCGAGCCCCUCUGUGGAAUCACUGAGCAGUAGGUACACCCCAGGAUGUGAGUGUGACUAGAACGGCCUCCUUUUUAUAUAAAUGAAAUGCCACUUCGCUGCGUCUAGUCUGAAAUCAAUGUCUUGAUUUAUCUGCUGUCGUAACGGCAUGCCACCUAAAAAGCUCCUCUUACCUCUGCUUGCAGGCUCCUCCCACGUCACCUUUUCAGUUUUAACACAUGAUGCAUCCAUCUCCUGAUUCAUAGUAAGCCUGCAUGUCAACAACAUAACCCAUUUUUCAUUAACUUGCAUGGUAUAUGAGAAAGACCCAUCUCCUUUGACCUGGGUGGUGGGAUAUGGUUUCAUCUCUGUCCUAUGAAACAAAAGUUAUGGUACUUUGUGAGUCAUCGGCUUCCUAACCUGCAACCGCAGGAGAAGCUGUGGCGACUGUGCUGUCACAUUGACGAUGUUGAUGUGACAGAGAAGCUCCUGGCAGAACAUCGGCCGCCUCAGAGUUUCCUAACAUGGCUUCCGUUCCUUUGACUAACUCCAACCGCCGCUUGCUUUGUCUCUGUGGACUCGGCUAACCGUCGCUCUAAAUUGACAAAUGAUGCUGAUCAUCUGUUUGUUUCUUCAUUUUGCAGUAAUUACUGUAGUUCCGUGCGGAUGACGAAGUACCAACACAAGGUCCAUUCUCGCUGCUGAUUGAGUCUGCCGAAAAGAGUUAGCACUAAUAGGCCAUUUGGACUUGAAGACACAAAAACAAAAGAUGCUAAAUGAAAACACUGAUUUCUAGUCGAGUAAACGGACCUACUUCCUUCUUAUUGCUUUUCAAAUGUGACGGCUGUUAGUGACACUUUUGCGUGCUGCUGCUGCUGCUGUUCCUGGAAGCCAAUUUCUCACCGGUCCAAUAAACUGAAAUUAGAAUCAGAGUUUGCGAUUGGCUAAUCUAACCCUCCAAUGAGAAGCCAGGGGACACGGGGUUCUUUCUCAAUGUAAAUCAACAAGCUGUUUGGUCUGGUUUCAUCGUUUUUUGUUUUGUUUUAGUUUCUUGUUUUUUUUAAUCUGUGCACUUUUAUUAUAUAGGAUUAUAACAGACUAUUAUUAACCUAUAGGAAAGUGUGAUAGUACUAUGGUUUGUGAGUUAUUCAGUAUACAUUGUAAGACUCUAGGAUUAUACGUCCUCCUGAAUCUUAUUCACUCGAGUAAAGGCUCAACAAACCACACACUAUUAUGACCGUAUCCUCAAGAGUUUAUCGAAUAAUCAUGUUUUAAUUUGUUUUGUUACAUCAUAUGUUAUGCUGUUGGUUUUCUUUUGUGUUUGUUCUACUGCCAUGUUCUAUACAAAAAAAUCCAGGGUGAUCAAAUUCUGGGUUUUUUUCAUGUAUUUAUUAUUCCUAGGAAUAGUUCAAAAUCACAAAAUGAAACUUGACAACGCUCUGACUCCACCAGGUAAGCUGUGUCUUAGGAAGAAUUUGAGUGGUAUGAUAUGCUUUUCCUCACUUCUUACCGAGGGCGUUCCACUGAAACGGGAUCACUGACUUUCAGAAUUCUCUGCAAGUGCGACAAUUAAAUUCCAAAUUGGAAUUGUUUCAUUCUCUCUUUUGUUUAUCGUGCCAAAUCUUGGUGCACCGUUUAGGUUGAGAAGAAUCAAGACUCGAAAGAAGACAAACCGUCACUGAGGAAAGAUGUAGUGGCUCUCCAAGCGAGCGCCGGGGGGUUUUGUUUUUUGGUUUGUUUAGUUCUUUAUUUCUGACCAGUAGUGCCUUUCAUUGUUUCAAGGGAGAAUCUUAGACUAGUAUUUGAUGUUUACUUUGUUUUAUAGGUGAGGACUUUGGGUUUAAAAUGACCGUGAUGCAGCAAUAAGUGCAAAGGAAAUUUUCCCGUCCGCAUGAGUGAGAUGAUAUUUUUUUCAAAUUUGCUCAAUAAAACCAGAAUUGUAUUGAAUUCUGCAGGUCAGUGAUCCCACUCAAUAAAUUCAGGGGUAUUAAGAAAAGGUUGUUUUUCUUAUCAAACUUUGGGAACCACAUGAAAUCCCUUUGGCCUCCUGUUACUGAACAAAAUGCUCAAAGCAUCUGUAAUGUGUUCGGGUAGAUCGGUGUACAAUUGGAAACAUCUACGCAUCUCUAGCUUUGUUUGGUGAAGGUAAUGUGAUAUCAAUAGUAUUGUAGAAAAAAUGUGCAGAGAGCGCAUUUUCUCUUUCUUUUUGUCCAUUUUGAGUUUUUGUUUGUUAUAUUUUUUAUUCUUGAAUUUUUUUUUACAUCAUCUUUGAGCAUUAUGUUUUCAGGAAACAGAAAACAAAAUAAGCAUCAACAAGCUUGAAUAGUGCCAUCAUAGCCAAUGCUUGUUUGUUGAGGCGUUAAACGUACCAAUAUGGAAUAUAAGCUAGGAAAUAAAAGUGCAAUUGAAAUAAUGUUUUACAUUUGAAAAAAGAAAAAGUUUUCUGUUUGCUGGAAGCGAUAGCAUUGUUAUAAUAAAUUUAGCCGUGCAAACUUUAUAUUGUCAUAUUGUGUUUCAGUAUUGAUCCAUAAUGAGAGUUUGAUAUCUUUAUAUAAAAAUAACGACUUCACCUGUAUUUAUUUGAAUUGUCAUGCAGUACUGUAUUCUUAUCAAUAAUGUGCAUUAUGAUUACAGCUAAAUGUCAUAUGCAUGUUUCCCAGUCAUGGGACCUUUACACAGAAUUGAAAACAAACAUGUAAACUUUUGUCAGGGUGUGAAAAACAAAUGUGGAGAAGAAAAAUGAAAAAGACAAAUUAAGUCUGACGUAUUACUGCUGAAUUAAUCCUAUGAAAGUGUUUUGUUUGUUUUCCAGUGGAGAGGGGGGAUCUCUGUGUAAAGGUAGUCAUACUGGCUAAAAAUCAAUAAAUGUGACUUAAGUUCCAA